AUCAUUUCUUCCUCCGCCAGCAUGAGUGGAUAGAACUGGGAGUGUGAAAAAGCAGAACUGUGUGAGUUCAGUUUUCAGUUUCUCUGAAACUCAGCUAUGGCUUCAAUCCCAUGCAUUACCCACUUACCCUUUUCCUUCAAACCCUCCUCUUCUCCUUCUUCUUUGUCCAAAUUCAACACCCAGUUUCUGGGUUUGCAAAAUAGGCUGGGGUGGGUCAGACCCUCUAGACUUGGACCCUCCAAUGGCUCUAGAGCCAAAUGCUGGUUCAAGUUUGGUAAAAAUGGUGUUGAUGCUGAAGGUGCUGGCAUUUAUGGCAGCCAAUCCCGUGACGACUUCGAUAGAGAUGAUGUUGAACAGUAUUUUAACUACAUGGGAAUGCUUGCUGUGGAGGGUUCAUAUGAUAAGCUGAAUGCUCUUUUAAGCCAAAACAUCCACCCUGUGGACAUCUUAUUGAUGAUGGCUGCCUCUGAAGGUGACAAACCCAAAAUUGAAGAGUUGUUGAGAGCUGGAGCUAAUUACACUGUCAAGGAUGUGGAUGGACGGACUGCCCUUGAUAGGGCUGCUAGUGAUGAAAUCAAGGACUUUGUUCUUAGUUUUUCAGUUCAGAAGGCAUGAAUUAGAUCAAAUUUCUAUUAAUUCUAUAUCUUCUUUUCCUCUGAUUUUUUAUUUUUUAUUUUAUUUUAUUUUGGAAUAUUCCUACUAUCUUGUGAGAAGUUUGAUUAUUCAAGUUAUUAUGACUUGAAGUGAAAAUUUCAAUGACUUCCAUCUGACAUACAAUUUAAUUUAAAGCAUAAUUGAUUUAGACGAUA